AAAUUUUCCAUGUUUGCACAUGUUUUUAAGAGUAACAAGUCACAUAUCACUUAACUAAAACUAGUUUGGAAAUCACAUAUUUUUUAAUGUUUUCCGGCUGUUCAAGUUUGGGCUUUCUCUAGGAUCCCAUUAAACCCACUGUUUUUUCCUACUCAGUCAAUAUUUGCUUAUAUGAAUCACUUGUUUUGGAGAAUUGAACCACCAAUGGAAGAUCAUCUGUUUGCAUAGAUACUUUGGUAUAUAUAGAAAGGCAUUAACAAUAAAGUUUUCAGUAAUAUAUAUGUUGACCCCAGGAAUACCAUUAAAUUGGAAGAAACAGAAGCCACACUUUAACGUGAAGCACAUACAUCACUAACACUUCAGAACUCGCAAAAUAGGGCUACAGAAUCGUCAUUACCUCAAAGACAUGGCCCGGUGGUGUUUUACGGAUGGAUUAUAGAAAGAUCAUGCUAACUUUUCGGAACAAGGAUGGUACAAUACUUUGGAAGAAUUUGAUGGACUAAUGGAGACAAAAAAAUAUGAGGCCUAGUUUGACGCCACUUCACGCAGAAAUGGAGACACUAAUAUGGGCUAUGGAGAGUAUGAGGAACUUAAGAUAAUUUCAUGUCAAGUUUGCAACGGAUUAUUCUUAAUUGGUGAAGAUAGUUUUGGAACCGGAAGAUGACAAGCAUUUGCAAGUGAUUUUGAAGAUAUCCAGAAACUGAAGGACAGCUUCUCGUGAUCGAGAUUAUACAUGUUUCAAGAACGUAGAAUUCAAAGGCGGACAAUCUCGCACGAUACUACUCUGAAACAAUCGUCUUUCAUCAGUCAUAUAGAUGCAGACUUACUAGGGUGGUUCAUAAAAUCCUAGCUAAGUUUGUAUGCUGAUGACAAAAAAAAACUUAACUAAAACUAGGAAUGUGCAUUUCAAUUUUAAAUCAUUUUUGGUUUAGGUUCAGUUUGGUUUGUGUGGUUCUAAAAAACUUUAAUAAGUCAACCAAAAUUAUUUUGGUUUAAGUUCGGUUUGAUUUGUUGUCGGUUUAGUUUAAUCAAAUUAAUUUUUAUUUUUGGUUUAAUUCGUUUAAGCAAAUAUAAUUUAUAAACUAUAAAAUAAAACAUCAUAUAAUAAUUAAAUCAUUAAAUUUUAAUAUUUUAAUAUUUUAAUAUAAACCAUAAUAAUUAAAUAGAAGAAAUAAUUCAAUAUUAAAUCAUUUUUCAAACAUAUUAUAACUAUCAGAGAUAGCUUUCAGUUUCGAUAAUUGUCUAGGAAUAUCAUAUUUUAUUUAUUUUAUUGUUAUUUGUGUCUUUUUGUAUUCAUUUAAAGUAAAAUGUAUAAAAUUAUACUUAAUUAUAUAGAUUAGAUGGUUAACUAUUUUAAAUCUGAACAUUAUUAAUAUAUUUUGUUAAUUUAAUUAAGUACACUUUGAUUUUUAAGUUUGUUUUAGUUUAAAACCAAACCAAACCGAACAGUUUGGAUAUAUUGAUUUGAUUCAGAUUGGUUGGAUUUGGAUUGGUUUGAUUCGAUUUUUUACCAACCCCUAAAAACCAAAGGAUUAAUCUAUUAAAUCAAAUUUGAACAUUUUAUGAUUGUUUAAAGAAAACUAAGUUCAACCAAAAUUCUAUUUUAGUCAUAUGACUAUGUUUUUUUUUAUUAUUUACGUUAAAUAUCGAUAAAACGAAUGAAUCAAAACGUCAUAAUCUAUCAAAUCAUUUUUCGAACAUUAAUGAGUAUACUUAGAAAACUCAGUUCAACCAAAAUGUUUCCAUUUCAAUUCGUUAUUCCACUAUUUAUCUAGCAAACGAAUCAAAAUAAGAAUCAACCACUAUAAAGAAAAUCAGAAUCAAGAUAAGAUGUUCUAUCUGCUCCUGCUGCCACUACAACACCCAUUAUGAAAAAUGUUCCAUCAAAAAUAUCAACAAGAAGGUCCGAAAAUUUUAUGUUGCUGAUCUCAUAACCACAACACCUAAUGCGAAUGCAUUCGAGAGUCUUUCUUGUUUUUCUGGGCUAGGUGACGUGGAUGAAGCCGAGAUAGAGCAGAUGAGCUCUCUCAGCUUGACAAGAGGUGGAAGAAAGACAAAAUUUCCUAUCAAAUGGAAAACAGUACAAGGGAGAGGAAAGCAUGGUCCGCUUAGCCGUGGAUCCAAACGCUUGCUAUUAUCUUUUAUUUCAUAGUUGGUUUUACUAAUUUCUACCUAAGUAGUUUUAUAGGUAUGAAAUUUUAACUAUUAUGAUGCGAUAAUGUAAGCUUUAUCUCACUAUAGGAUUUUAACGCUCUAUCUUGUAAACGUAUCAUACUAUAUAAAUUUGAAAGCAAGUCAAAAAAGUUUUGAUGCUUUUGUUUACUGUUGACAUUCUAUUGCACUGUUCCAGCGUAAAUAAGAGAUAUAAUACGCAGCUCGUUCUUUUCAUCUCACGGUAUAUCAGAACAUGAAAGUUUGUAAACUAUAUAUUAGUCGACUAUGUGUUUAUUUUAGGGCACAUCUUUCAAAUAGUUUUUUUUAUAUAUUUGUCCCAGUCCUUUUUCGUUCUUGUUCCAAAUACCGAAGACAAAAGUUUCAAAAUUAACUUUAAUUAAUGGGUAAAAAAUAAUUAUAUACUUAUUUAAAAUUUACUUAAUUAUUUAUUAAUAUACAAAAAAUAAAUUUUUAAUUUUUUGAAAAAAAAAUUGUUAUUAUUUUUUGCUUCAAAAUUUUAAUUAAAAACCUUCAAAUUUCUUUUAAUUCUAGUUUUAAAAAAAUGUGUUUUUUAUGCAAUGAAUUUUCUUUUUCAUAGGUUUUAAAAUACCUUCCAGAAUGUAAAUUAUAACCUUCUUAAUUCAUAAAACAAAUUAUAAAUUCAAAAUUACAUUUGUAAAUGCGUAACUAGACUUCUUGACUGUAAAUGUAUAUGUAUAUGUAUAUUUGGGGAUGUGUUUCUAAAUAUGUAUGAAAUAUUUGUGGAUUUAACUUAUAUGCAUAUUUAGGAAAUCAUUAGCAAUAUAUAAAAUAUUUCUAAAUUUUUAAAAAUUAUUUAUAAAUAUGUAUAAUAUCUGUAUAAAAUUCAAAUAUCAAGGUAUUCCUAAGACUUCAGGAUAUGUUAUACAUAUUUAAUUUGUUUUUGUUUUUAAUUUUGUUUUUUUUGUAUAUCUUACAAAAUAUACAUAUGGUUUGAAUUCAUAAGGGUAUUCAUAAAUAUAUAUUCAUGAAUUUUUUUAUAAAUACACAUGUAUGAAAAUUUUCUUAAAUUUUAUGAAGAUAUUAUAUAUAUUUAUUCAUAUCUUCCUAAAUUUAAGAACAUAUUAUACAUAUUCAGUAAAAAAAAUUCUAAAUAUUCAUAUAACUCAAACUCAAAAAGAUAUCAUAAACAUUCACAAAUGUCAUCUUAAAUUUUUUUAAAAAAAUUCCCAAAUACAAAUUUCAAAAAGAAAGUUUUCAAAAAUUCUAAAAAAAUAUAUAUUUUCUGUUAAUUUGAAUUUUUUAAUUUAAAGUUUUAUUUAUAUAUAUUUUUAAAACUGGAUAUAAUUAUUUUCUUUAUCUGUUUAACUAAAGCUAAACUGAUCACUUCGAUUUUUUUAAUGUAAUCUUAAAUUUAUUGAUCUAUCAGAAAAUAGUGAUAUUUACAUUGUCAAAAAAAAAAAGAGAUUCUAUGAACUGUAAACCUAUCAAUUACAUUGUGUUUGCUGGAACAACCGACGAAAAAACAUUUUUGAACCUUGUGUCUAGUUUAGGAAAAACAUUUUUUGAAGCUAUUUAAGGCAAUUUUCCUUUUUUUAUUGUUAAAAAGGUUAUUUUAAUAUGAAAAGGUUAAAAGGAUAGUGAAAUACCAUACUUCCACAAUAGGAAUAGUUUAAAUAGAACUAUUAAUAUAUCACUUUAUGUAAAUGCAUCUAACUUUUUAAUGCAUCUAAUAUUGCUACAAACGAAAAGGAAGAAGCAAAACAAAAACUAAUAUUUAAGCUGUCAAUGAAGUGAAAUUUUACAGUGGCUCUUGUAGGACGACUUUAGUAGGAUACGAGUCAUACGAGAAUUAACUACACUACAAAUGAAGAUGAAGUGUUUUUACAAAACAAAAAGAUAAAGUGUUAGCUUUGGUCUCUCCCAUAAUCUUUUAACUAAUAAAUGAAUUGCAAAAACCAUCGCACGGUGCCGAGAUUUGUUCGCCAUCUCCCUCACUUCAAAGACAAUUAAAAUCGACCACAUAUAUCCAUAAUUCUAAAAAAACGUGUCUCAUGUUUAUCAUCCAACAUGCAAAGUUUUUUAGGUCAACCUCAAAACACAAAAAGGUAGAAAAGAUAUUAUCGUGUCAUAAAUUGUUUCACCUUUCAUUUAGGUUUCAUUUUUUCUAUAUUUAUACCCCCACUCGUCCUCGCUUCUCCCACCAUCUAAAACACUCAUUAUUUCCCUUAGAUCUCUUACAUCUCUCCUUAGUGUCUUCUAAUCCUUUUUCUCAAUCACAAAAGAAAAAAAAAUGGUUGCAAGCUGGCCUGAGCCCAUUGUUUCAGUUCAAGCCUUGUCCCAAGCCGGCGUAUCCACCGUCCCAAACCGGUAUGUGAAACCCACGCAUCAGAGACCGGUCUACAAGUCCGAUCAAUCCGGUCUUGACAUGGAAAUCCCCGUGCUAGACAUGAGCGACAUGUGGAGGAACCCAGAGGGGCUGAAGCGAGUGAGGAAAGCGUGUGAGGAGUGGGGUUUCUUCCAAGUGGUGAACCAUGGUGUAGACCACGGGCUGAUGGAGAGAGUGAGAGGAGCGUGGCGAGAGUUCUUUGAUUUACCGGUAGAGAUGAAACGAAAGUACGCAAACUCACCCGACACGUACGAAGGCUAUGGAAGCAGGAUUGGUGUUGUGAAAGAUGCUAAAUUAGAUUGGAGUGACUAUUUCUUCCUUAAUUACUUGCCAUCUUCCAUAAGAAACCUUUCUAUGUGGCCAUCUCAGCCUCCUAAGAUAAGAGAAUUGAUCGAAGAGUACGGUGAAGAAGUGAAGAAACUGUGUGAGAGGUUGGUGGAAACAUUGUCAGAGAGUUUAGGUUUAGAACCAAACCAUCUCAUGAAGGCCUUUGGAGGAGAAGAUAAAGUCGGGGCUAGUCUGAGGGCUAAUUUCUACCCAAAAUGCCCUCAGCCACACCUAACUUUAGGUCUUUCUUCCCAUUCUGACCCUGGUGGCAUCACCAUUGUCCUCUCCGACGAGAAUGUAGCCGGCCUCCAGGUCCGACGUGGUGACUGCUGGGUUACUGUUAAAUCCGUCCCCAAUGCUUUGAUUGUUAACAUUGGAGAUCAAGUUCAGAUUCUUAGCAAUGGAAUUUACAAAAGCGUGGAGCAUCAGGUGAUCGUUAAUUCCGGUAUGGAUCGAGUCUCCUUGGCACUCUUCUACAACCCGAGAAGUGAUAUUCCGAUCGGACCAGUGGAAGAACUCUUAACCGAUAACCGACCUGCUCUUUAUAAACCGAUCAGGUUCGACGAGUAUCGACUUAUGAUUAGGCAAAAGGGUCCUAGUGGGAAGAAUCAAGUUGAUUCAUUGUUAGCAAGCACAUGAUAGUUCAUUUACAUCCCAAGUAUAAUCAGUACUUACUGCUACGUACUUAUAUAGUUGUACUUAUAUGUAAACUGUAUACUUGCGCUAUGUAAGAAAUAAAAACUUUAAUAAAAGGUAUCAAAUUAGAUUCCCGAGUUACCUUUUUAUUAUUUAUUUUGUCUCUCCUGAGGUCGCAUAUAAGUAUGAUAAGAAAAGUAUUUUUAAAACACUGCCCUUCUCCUCUUUCACUAGUUUGUUUUUUAUUACUCUAUAAUAUUUUAAAAUACAUGAAUAAUGUGACUUAGUUUCUAUAAUAUUUUAAAAUACAUGAAUAAUGUGACUUAGUUUCGUGCGUAUGAUUAAAUCUGAAAAGUGUUAGGCGUGCUAAACUCUUUCACUAUUAAGUUUAAAGUCAUGUGCAAACAUUGAAUAGCAAUGCAUUAUUGAUAUAGUACAUAAAGUUUAUUUGGGAAUAUAUUUUACUUUCAAGCUUGUAUCAUGUAUGUACAAAAUAUUGAAAUAGUUUGAUUAACAAAAUAAGAAAAUGAAACAAAGAUUUAA